CGUUAAAUUCCUUUCCCCCGCGCUCUCGCGCAUGCCAGUCUCCCGUUCUGUAGGAGAAGAGACAGGGAGGCUGAUGCGUUCGCCUUGCUGCCCCUUACGCAUUGGCUGAACGUAGAUCUCUGGUGUUUUUUUACUUUAUAUUUUUAGCAUCGGAGGUCGGACUCGUAUUGCAUCGCGCGUGGUAAAAGUGCAGUUCAUCUGCAGUGCUGAUGAGCGCUGAAGAACCGCAGUGUGUUGCGCUGUGAACGCUCGAGCUCAGCAUAUUGAACGUGUCCGCUAAUACUGCGAAUGAUCUGAAGUAAACACACAGGUCUGUUUGCGGAGCGCUGGAUAUCUCAUCUAGGCUUUCAGUGGCCCUCUUGUUAAGACGCUUUUUUUGGAAAUGGCCAGUCCUGGAAACGAUUCGGCUUCAAAUGCCCAGCUGGAUCAGGGUGAAUCUGCAGACGCUACCCCUGAACCAGCGUUUCAAGAAGCUCAGAAAUGGAUCGAGGCAGUGACAGGAAGAAGUUUUGGUGAUAAGGAUUUCAGAAGUGGACUGGAGAAUGGAAUUCUGCUCUGCGAGUUGCUGAGUUCAAUCAAACCAGGCCUUGUGAAAAAGAUCAACAGACUCCCAACACCCAUUGCAGGACUGGAUAAUCUGACCAUGUUUCUGAGAGGAUGUGAAGAGCUGGGACUGAAGGGAUCACAACUGUUUGAUCCCGGAGACCUGCAAGAUACGUCAAUACGUGCAAACUUAACGGGCUCUGACUGCAGUAGAAAGCUGAAGAAUGUGCUCAUAACCAUAUACUGGCUUGGUAAAGCUGCUAACAGCUGUGCAACAUAUAACGGCCCCACACUUGACCUAAAAGAGUUUGAGGGGCUCCUUUCCAUGAUGCGAAAGGAGUGUGUAAAUGAAGAGUUGGACUCCCCUAAGCGCAGUAUAAGGGACAGCGGUUACAUCGACAGCUGGGAAUCAGAGCGCUCUGAUUCGCUGUCUCCUCCAAGGCACGCCCGAGAAGAUUCGUUUGACAGUCUCGACUCAUUUGGCUCACGAUCCCAGAACACACCCUCUCCAGACACAGUUAUUCGCUGCAACAGUGAUGACUCUGAAGGCGACGGUGGUCAUAGGAAGUUGCCAGACGUGCGUAAGGAUGACAUGUCUGCCCGCCGCGUGUCCUACAAAGAGCCUCGUGCCGCUCUACCCUUUAACCAGUAUCUGCCGAACAAGAGCAACCAGACCAACUACCUUCCUGCCCCCCUGAGGAAGAGGAGGAGCGAGAGAGAGGAAGACAGGAGGAGUCUAAGCAACUCAACGUCUCCUGUUGGAGAAAGACCUCUCAGACAAGAAUGCGUAGAAGUAUUAAAAGAGGGGACUGGCGUGUCUCGAAGUCUUGCAUUGAAGAAAAAUUUCACCUGGGCAGAUGAGAAAGGGGCAGAGCUUGAGGAGGCGGAGCUUAAGAAAAUAAGGAAGCUUGAAAAGGCAGGAAUUAAAGUAUUACCCGCCACUGUGCGAUAUAACAGUCCAAUCGAGAAUCCUGUGGAGGCCAAUAAAGCUAAACCACCUUCACCUGACAUCAUUCUUCGGCGAGACAAUGACUUCAUGCGGGCUGCUGCCACACAUCAGUGGGACUCGAAUGAGGAAGAUGAAGAUGAAGAGGCAGAGCAGAAGAUUCCAGAUGUCCAAAAGGAUGAUCUUGCUUCUCGCAGAGCGCGCAUGAAUCAAUUCAAACCGAGUGUGGCCCAUAACUUCCUGCCCGGCUCUUGUAGUUGGAAGGACCAAAAGAAAUGGGAGGGAAUCAGGCUGGCAUCCCAGCAUGCUGUGUUGGAAAGGAUGGAGAAGAUGGAACAGGAGAAAAAGAGUCAGGCUAACUCCACCCCCCCUGAGAUACCAAUCAUAACUCGUAAGGACAAUCCUUUCCUGAAUCCUGAAAAAGAAAGGGCAAAAGAAGGGGAUGAGGAAGAUGAGAAAGAGGUAGAGGGGAAGAUAGUUGUCCCAAACCCACACAAAGAUGAUCUAGCGAGGAGGCGGGCUGAGGGAAGGCCACGCCCUCCCAAAGAUCCUCUUCAGUCCUUGGUCCAGACUUCCAUCACUCAAUCAGACCUGGAAACAUGGCAGAGACUCAAGAUGAAUACAGAGAGCAGUGAGUCUGACUCCACCCCUGCUGAAGUGUCAAUCAUAACUCGCAAGGACAACCCCUUCCUGACCCCUGAGAAAGAAAGUGGGAGUGAGCAGGAGAAUGAGGAAGGGUCAGACAGAGAGAAAGUGGGGAGGGUGGUGAUGCCUAAUGUAAAGACAGAUGACCUGGCCAGAAGACGGGCCCAAAGUGGGCCUGUCCCACAGAAAGACCCCCGGCAGUUAUUGGCUCAAACCACCAUCACUCAGUCAGACCUGGAGAAAUGGCAGAGGCUCAAGAUGAAUACAGACAGCAGCGAUGACCCUAUUGUCCCUCUGUGUCAGACGUGUCUUGAGAAAGGCUGCCUCUCUGUCUCCUCCAAGACGAAGGUUGCCAAGAACGACCUGGCCGGUUGCCAGGAACGUUCCUCCGGUGAACGCCGGCGUUUUGUGACAUUUGGGGGUGUGACAGAGAUGGAGAGUACUUCCUGGAAAGAGGAGGAGGAGGAGGAUGAGGAAAGGGGAGAGGGACAGGGGAACGAGGCGGAGAAGCUUCGGUAUCUCCUCUCGAUGGCACCUGUUGCUGUGCCCACCAUAGGGCUGGGCUCCAGACUGACAAAGAGAGCGGUGGGCAGUGGAGAUGCAAACCCUGAGCCUGCUCCCAUCAUGCCCCCUGAACCUCCGAACCCUGCCAUGUUUGACCUUAAACAGCCUUUGACCUCCACCGAACGCAGAGUGCUGGAGGAGGAACUGGAUAAGAAAGCUAAGGAUGAGAGGGAGGAUGACGAAGAGGACGAAGAAGAGGAGAGGCAACCGGAUGUAGAAAAGGAUGACAUGCUAGCUCGUAGAACAGGAGCAUUUCAGAAGCCAGCAAGCGGGACGUCAUAUAACAGAUUCCUCCCGCAGCCGAGUUCCAAGAGAGAAGGCGCUGUAGGGGCUUCCAUAACCCAGAAAGGAAGUAUCCAGAUGGGCAUGAGUGGAGACAGAGACUUCCAGUACCUGGAAAGAAACAUAAAGACAAAGAGAACUAAGAUUGGACAGAGAAAUGAACCAGUCGAUCAAGUACCAGAGACACCUGUUCCGCUUUCUGAAGUGACCCAAAAGAGCCCUGACAUUGUGCGCUCAUCUGCAAUUAACGUCGAUCGCUCUGGAGGAUUUGAUGAUGAUGAUGAAUGUGGGGGUUAUGGUCAUCUGCCAGAUUUUGAGAAGGAUGACAUGCUAGCACGAAGAACUGGAUCUUAUCAAAAGCCAAGUGCAGGGGCAGGACAGGCUUUUAAUGCAUUUUUGCCCAAACCUAUUUCUGUCAAACACAAAACCACCCCUGUCAGUGGAUCACAGUCAUACUUCAAGACUAAAGAGCAAGAGACAGCCCCGGCUCUGGACAGCUUCACCCUUAGCUCUGUGGCCCCGCCCCCAAGAGAUGCUGAGGACAUGCCUAGGAAGUGCCAUCAGAUGAUGGACAGGCAGGAGGUGGGCUCUGUGGGUGUGGUGGGAAAAGUCUUAUUAAAAGAUGAGACUAUUACCAAAAGCCCCUCCCCCAUACCUGACCAACCCUCGCGCCGGUCCCUUUGGCAGGAAGAUGAUGAUCUCCCCCCAAUAUUCAGAGCUACUAGUGUUUCUGAUGAAACAGAGAGUGUGAGUUUGAUUGACAUGCGUGAUGAAGAGGAUGAGCUUGCCUACCUUCGGGCGCACAGCCAAUCACGGCAUGAGCACCUACACAACCAGUACAACAAACUCAAAGAGGAGGAGGACCAGUGGCAAGACGACUUGGCUCGCUGGAAGAGUCGGAGACGAAGUGCUUCUCAAGAUCUGAUCAAAAAGGAAGAGGAGAGGAAGAUGAUGGAGAAGCUAAUGACAACGGAUGGAGGAUCCGGCCAUCGCAGGAAGAGCAUCAAAACAUACAAAGAAAUAGUAGAAGAGAAAGAGCGUAGGGAGCAGGAGCUACAUGAACAAUACUGUAAGGCCUCCACUCCAGAAGAGAAAGCAGCUGUGCUUCAACGUUAUGCUCUCCGUUUCACCAUCAGCGAUGCCAUAUUAGAGAAACUCCAGCUCCCCAAACUGCCUUCUGCUGCUUCACCGAUGCACACGUCACCUCUCCAUCAGCCUGAGAAGAAGCCAACCUGCACCGCCUUAGUAGAAGCAAAGGUUCCAGAGCCUGCACAAACUACCCAAACACACCACAGUAUCCAUGUAGACCAGAAGACUGCAGAAAUACAGGCACCGGCACAGCCCAAAACCCCUGAACCAUCACCUGCCAAGUCCAUCAAAGCUCCAGAAGUCCUGUCAGCACCCACACGAGUUCCUCCUGCUCCAUCAAAGCCUGUACCCCUCAUCGCCCCGAAACCCUACAGCCAGCCUAAAUUCAGCCAAGGCCUCCGUAAAUCACUAAAGAGUGAUGGGCUGAUACGUGUGAAUGGUGAAAGCACUCAGCAGGAGAGCAGAGAGAGGGAUGAUAGAGAUUCUGUGCAUCGUCCUAUCAACUUCUCUCCCUCACCUCCAAAGCCAGCCACUCAAAGUCAACAAAAUGAGGAGCUAAUUGUGUUAGAAGCCUCAGACCACCAGCAAAACUUACAGACUUCUGUUCCUGAACAGGAGAAAGAAGUUGUAAAGAUGGAAAAGGAAUGUUCUCUUAUUCCUCAAGAAGAGGACAUCAAAGAAGACACCUCAACUGCACUACUGGUGUCAGAACCAGCAGGAAAGCAGCCAGUGCCAGACACAACGACGAAGCUCAACUGUGUUGUCACAACAACCAUAGUGACAGAACUCACUCAGACACACCAAAUCCCACCAAAUGACACGUCCUGCACGGAGCAGCUUGGUUCAGUCCAUAAUUCGUGUGAUCUGAGCUCAACUGCCGAGACGAUCACGGCUGACCAGACUUCAUACUCACUCUCACUGUCAGGGUCCUCUAGUAGCUCUAGGUUACGCUGGGAGUUCUUCGCUCCAACAGAGGGGAUUGACUACUCCAUUGAAUGUAUUGAAACCCCAAUGCUGAACCUUGCAAAAAGGGUUGAUCACUGGACGUGGGAUCCUAAUGAAGAGCGCAGACGGCAGGAGAGAUGGCAACAGGAGCAGGAACGCCUGCUUCAGGAGAAAUAUCAGAGAGAGCAGGAGAAGCUGAAGGAGGAGUGGGAGAGAGCGCAAAGAGAAGUGGAAGAGGAGGAGAGGAGACACCAUGAAGAGGAGAGGCGGAUACUGGAGGAAACCGUGACCCCACUGACCCCUCGCACCUCAGUUUUAUCAUCCAGUAGCGUGACUGAGGCUCCGUCUCUCACCCAGCCCUCAGCCCCUCAUGACACUAUUGUCCUCUCCUUGGCUGACUGGGACAAGAAACAGGAAAUGCUGGAGAAACAGGCAGAGACGAACCAGAGUAACAGCGUGACAAACAGCCCUGAACAAGUAAUCACACCAGCUCAGCAGAACGGUCAGAGGACUGAACCUCAGGAGAGCCAAACAGCCACACCACAACUGCAAUUUAUACAGGAUGGCUCUUGGAGCUGUAAGUCUAAAGGCAGGCAAGAGGAUUUGAAGAAAACUGCCUCACUUGAUCGUAAACAGAGUCCACCCCAGAGCCAGACCACAGGGAUGAGGAGGACUGGGUCGUGUGAAAAUGUUUUAGGGACACACCCAUCAAAAUCACCCACACCAUCACAAGACACGCCACCUCCAUCACCCAGCAGGUCAGUAAGUGGAAAGAAGCUUUGCUCCAGCUGUGCACAUCCUUUGGGUAAAGGAGCAGCUAUGAUCAUUGAAACCUUGGGGCUGUACUUCCACAUUCAGUGUUUUAAGUGUGGCGUGUGUAAAGGGUUACUUGGCGACACGAGUGCUGGAACUGACGUCAGAAUUCGAAAUGGACUUCUUAAUUGUCAAGAAUGCUACAUAAAAUCAAGGGCUGCUGGCCAGCCAACUACAUUGUGAUGCCUCUGCACUUCUGACAAGGAAACAGAACCGAAAUCAGGUUAAACCAAGCCAGGACCAGACCCAAGAAGAAUGGAUUUUAUGUUUCUACAACAUUUCCAACUAUUUUCCUUACAGCACAAUCAAGCAUAGACAUUAACGUCAAAACUGGAAUCCUGAACGCAUGAUGGGUUUUCCUCUGGACUUCGUUUGACUGACUGUUUUUUGUGCUCGCUGAAAUACGACAUGAUAAAAGAGUCCAUAAAAUAUAUUACAGUGAGUCUGUUCGUACAGUUAGUUUUACACUUUAGAAUGAGAAGUACUGGUGGCACUUUACCUCACAGUGGCCAUGUUACACACAUUGAAAUAGCAAUAAGGCCAGAAAUAUACGGUAUGCAAAUGCAGACGUGCGGUCUUGUUUAAAUGCAUCAGCAACAAACCUCAGUACUUAAUGGGGCGAUAGAGAUAAUGUCAAAUGCCUGUGCCAUUUUAACCCAAAUACAUCCCCAUUUCCAGAAAAGUUGGGAUAUUUUGUAAAAUGCAAUAAAAUCAAAAAUGUGGGAUUUGUUAAUUCUCUUUAACCUUUAAAAGUACAAAGAAAAUUUGACCAGCUUAAUUGUAUUUUUAAAUAUAAACAAAUUUUGAUGGCUGCAACACACUCCAAAACUAAAUAUAAGAAAUAAGAUCUAUAAUAUAAGAUCUAAAUUCUCUGCAAGAUUCUCUUCAGACAUUUUCUCUGCCAUGACAGAAGAAAACUGACUGUAAAAGCCAAGGGGUCAAGGCUUACACCAUUAUGAAAGCAAAAAACAUCUUUUGCCAUUCAAAAGUAGCAAUGUAUUCUGACAAAAACAAGCAACUUAUAAAUGGAAGAUCUUUCAUUUUGGUGGAUAUUUUUGCCAGUGACAUUUUUUGAGGGCUCUUAAAAGUGUGAAAUGAAUGUCACAGUAUGGUACAUACACUACUAAGGGUGUGUAGCUAGAAGCACCUGCAUUCACGUACUUAUUUAGACUACUAUACUGACACGGAAUUAAAAAACUUCCACAAACGAACUUUUAGUAUUACUCAAAUACUUGUACAUUGUAACAUGGGCACUGUAAUGUAGAGUGUGACUGAAUCCAUUUCUAUUGUGAGGUAGCACAAACGUCCAUUUUUCAUCCAAGAAAAUUUUGCAUCUGUUAUUUUAUUAAUAAUAAAUAAUCUCAGUUUUUGUAAAGGUCUUGCAGGUCUCUCACAUUAUUAAUAAAUGUUAGGCAACCGUUGUUGUACUAACAGACGAACGCAUGAUGUGCGACUCUUAGGCUUAGCUGAUUUGUCCUGAUGCCUUAACUGACAACAUGAAAUGAAUACUGAUAAGAUUGUCCAUUACCUUUAUUUAUGGUUUGAAAAAAACAAAUGUCUUCAUGAACUGGAGUGGAUUUGAUUUAAUGUUCUAUUCCUUCUUCCAUUUUGCAUUGCCUGUUUUAUCUUGUUUGAUAAGUGAGGGGUUUGAUACUUUAUUUGUGCAGCAUUGUUUAACAACCCAUGUAGACAGCAUGUUGCUAGCAGGUAGAUCUUACAUUUCCAUUCGAUUAUUUUUCAAACUUUGUUAUUAAUAUUUAUGUUUGGCUCUGCAUUUGAAUGGUAAGAAAAUUGCAUGAUCCCAGAAACCUUCCUUGGUGACGCUUUACAUUACAAUGUCAAUGUUACACAUACAUUACAUGCUACUAAAAUGAAUAACAUUAACAGUGUGCAAAGCAGCUCUACGUAAUCAAACAUAUUUUAUGUAAUAACUUAAGCACUGUAAUGUAAAGUGUAACCCUUUGUUAGCUUUUAAAAAUAUUGAGUUAAAGUCGGUUUUUAUGUGUUCUGUUGCCUUUCUCUCUUCUGCAAUGUUGUGCCUUAGAAAUGCGCUCCUAGAUAAUGUCUAGUGUCCUUGCAUCCAAAGCUUCAAGUUACCAAUGUGUAUUGGUGAGAGUAUUAUGCAUAUGCACUGAGCACUCUGCUUUUACCCUUGUACUUUAUUCAAACACUCUAUGAAUGUGCGAGCAAGAGAUUUAAAAAUGAAAAGCACACCCUUUGUAAGCUUUUCACUCAUUUCAUGUGCAUUUAGAGAUGUAAAAUUGUUAAAUAGCCAUAUUUAUAUUCAUCUAAAUCAAGGAUUUCAUAUUCAGUGGAAUUCCUAAUGUCAUUGAAAUUUCAAAUACAAGAAACGACAGAUUACAUUCAGCAAAAAUAGCAUAUAAUUCCUGCUUUUAUAACUUCUGCUUUUGCUUUCUGUUAAUAUUUGAAAUUUGAUUAAAAGACAUCAUCAUUUAGAUCCGGGGGGUUUUGACUUUUGCUUCUAUAUCAUUUGUUUUAUUUUGUGGCAUUGUAAGAAUAUGAACUGAAACAAAAGUAAGGCAAUAAUAAUUACUGGAAAGAUUAGCCAAGGAUGAGUGAGAUGUGUGUGACAGAUACAUUUCAUAUUCUGUAUUUAUUAUACCCUUUUAAAAAUGAGCGAUAUAAGACAACCUACGAGACGCUGAAAUGCAAUGGCUUUUAUAGCAAGUGUAUGUUUUUAAAUAAACCAUAAUAAACUAUUUUAAAUGCAGUUGCAUUCGAUCCA